AUGGACGAAGGAAAGAAUACAUUAGGAUACCUGUUGCGCAAUAGGAAGGUUAUGCUUAUCCUUGACGAUGUAAAUCAUAAAAGCCAACUAGAGAAUUUAGCUGGAAGACGGGUGUGGUUUGGUGAUGGGAGCAGAAUAAUCAUAACAACUAGAGAUGUUCAGUUACUGACAUCUCACGAAGUAGAUGAAAUAUAUGAGGUUCAACCAAUGGACAAUGAUGAAUCUUUUCAACUCUUUUGUCAAAAAGCAUUUAGAGGAAGAGGCAUCCCUAAUGAACAACAAUUCGAGGGGUUGGCUCUAUCAGCAAUUCAUUAUCCAAGAGGUCUUCCUUUGGCUCUCUGUGUUUUGGGUUCCUUCUUUUGUGGGAAAGACAGCUUAACAGAGUGGGGUUAUGCUUUGCAAGUGUUGAGACAAGAUUCGAAUGAUGACAUUUUUAAGAAACUUAGAAUAAGCUACUAUGAACUGAAUUAUAUAGAAAAGACCCUUAAGGGAAAAUCUUUGCUUGCUGAAAUUGAGAUUGGCAAUACUACCUAUAUAGAGAUGCGUGAUCUGGUUCAAGAUAUUGGUAGGCUUAUUGUUAAUGAAGAAUUUCCUGUUGAUGUUGGAAGAAGCAACAGAUUGUGGAUUCCUUUUGACAUUGACCGACUACUAGAAAGAGACAUGCUAAGAAAUUAA